AUGUCGCACUCGUUAUACGGUGUCCCUCGUCGCAAAUCGACUUCUAAAUCCGACACCCCAUCUGCAUCCAACCUCGCCUUCACGACCACCCUCACGUCGCUUAUCUCCAAAGACUCCGAAGCCUCCACGCGCGGGAGACCACGGGCCUCCAAAUCCAGCAAAUCCGAUAUCUUCACUCACCACAACAAGGGAGCUCAGAAACGCGCGGCCGCGGAUCUCCGUGAUGAUGACAAUGCCGCGUUGCAGCAGUCGCACCAGCGCACGCAGGACAUCGGGGCCGUGGAUGCAACGGCCCUGCACCGAUCGAAGCGGCGCAUGGAGGAAAAGGCGCGAAUGUACGACGAACUGAAAAGCGGGGUGUAUCUAGCGGCUGAUAGUGAUGAUGAGGAGGAUACAAUGGGCGGUGGAGAUGCAUAUCUGGCUCGAUUACGACGGAAAGAACGAGAGGGUCUUGUGGAUUUUGAUCGGAAAUGGGCCGAGGCGGAGCGAGCCAGGGGUGACUCGGAGGGCGGAGAAGACGACAACAACAGCGACGAUGAUGAUGAGAAUGCAUCUGUCGUAUCCUACGAAGACGAACUGGGUCGUAGCCGUCGCGGGACGAGGGCUGAAGCGGCGCGUGCGACUCGACUGAAAGAAGAAUCUGGAGAACGGUCGAAUGUGCAAGAGCGCUGGCGUCCUUCCCGGCCGGAUAACUUGAUCUAUGGUGCUGCGGUGCAAGCGGAGGCGUUCAACCCGUCUGACACGGUGGCGUCGCAGAUAUCAUACCUUGCGGCACGCAGAGACCGGUCCCCCACACCUCCGGGAGAAACACAUUAUGACGCCGAUGCGGAAGUGCGCAAUCGAGGAACAGGGUUUUAUGCGUUUUCCAAAGAUGAAGAUGUGCGCAGACAGCAGAUGGAGGAGCUCAUGAACGCGCGAGAUGAAACCCAGCGCGAACGCGAGGCCCGGCAGGAGAGGAGAUCCGAGCGGGAGCGAGUGAAGGAUGAACGGAGAAGAAAAAUUGGCGAGCUGCGGUCCAAGAGGCGCGCAGAGAUGUUCCUAGCUGGUCUGGGAGAUGUGGGUGACUGGAGCGGAGAUAGCCGAGUUGAAGCCGACGUUUAA